CGGAGCCCGGAGCCCGGCGGCGAUGAGCUCCUUCCAGGGCCGGAUGGCCGAGUACCCCGGCGUCUCCAUCGACAGGUUCGACAGGGACAACCUGCUGGCCAAGGCUUACUUCCUCUCUCACUGCCACAAAGAUCACAUGAAAGGGUUAAGAGCGCCUGUCCUGCAGAGACGAUUGGAAUGCAGUUUGAAGCUGAGGCUUUACUGUUCACCCGUCACUAAGGAAAUUCUACUAACAAGCAGCAAAUACAAAUUCUGGGAGAAUUACAUCACUGCCAUUGAAGUUGAAACUCCAACUCAAAUCUCCUUGGUUGAUGAAGCAACUGGAAAGAAGGAAGAUAUAGUUGUGACUCUCCUACCUGCAGGACACUGCCCUGGAUCGGUUAUGUUCCUGUUUGAAGGGAUGGGCGGCACUGUUCUGUACACUGGAGACUUUCGACUGGCUAAAGGAGAAGCUGCUCGCUUCGAGUUGCUGCACUCAGGAGGCAGGGUCAAAGACAUAUCGACUGUGUAUUUAGACACGACUUUUUGUGAUCCACGAUUCUACCAAAUCCCGAGCAGGGAGGAAUGUCUGAAUGGAAUACUGGAGUUGGUUAGAAGCUGGAUCACACUCAGUCCCUACCACGUGGUAUGGUUAAACUGCAAGGCAGCCUAUGGAUACGAGUAUCUCUUCACUAACCUCAGUGAGGAGUUUGGUCUCCCGGUUCAUCUUAACAAGCUGGACAUGUUCAAAAACAUGCCAGAGAUUCUGCAUCAUGUGACAACAGAUCUGACACAGAUUCACGCAUGCAGACAUCCCAGGGAUGAGUAUUUUAUGCGUGGAAACAGACUUCCGUGUGGAGUCACAGCCAAAGAUGGGACCCCUCUACGUAUCAUCUCCAUCAAACCUUCCACAAUGUGGUUUGGUGAAAGGAUUAGAAGGACCAAUGUAAUUGUAAGACUGGGGAGAGUUUCGUAUCGCGCCUGUUUCUCAUUCCACUCCUCCUUCAGUGAGAUAAAGGAUUUCCUCUCAUAUGUACAACCUGUGACCAUCUAUCCGAAUGUGGUGCCCAUUGGCAAGACAUAUGAAGAUAUUAAGGAGUUGUUGAAGACAUUGUGUAGGAAGGGAUCAGGAGAGGAAUCCAUAUACAAACCACUGGGGAAGCUGAAAAGAUCGAGGCAGAAUUUCUUAGACAAAGAAGAUGCAUACUACCAGGACCUUUUUGAUGACUGCCAUCCAAUUCCAGCGAAACGAAUAUUGUGUGCGCCAUCACACUCACCGCCCACGGAUGUCCCUGAGCACAAUGUGAACGUGUUCACAGAUGGUGCCAGCGAGCAGAAUGUCUGCUUGAAUCCAGAGUUCUUUGAGUGUGAAGAGUCAAAUGACGAGGAUGAAGAUGAGGAGACCGAUGAAGUUUACACAAAAGGGGAUGCAAGUUCAACACACUGCAAAGAGUCCGCUAACCCCACAGAGCAGCACGACACGGGAACAGCAGACUGCGAGACAGAGACGCCUCCCUGGUGCUCGUUUUUCAAGCAGGAGCCAGUUUCGAUAUCCGAAACAGACGAGGAUUCAGAAAACGUUAGGGAACAAGAGGUUGGUCCACACUCUCCCAAACUCUUCAGCGAUUCCGAAGAUGGAGAUUCCACCCACUUGCCCUCUCAAAGUUCAUCCCAAUCAACCCACAUCACAGAACAAGGCAGUCAAGGCAGCUGCUUCGAAACAGAACCUGCUCAGACCCCAGAAAACAGGGUGUGUUCAGUGAAGUUCACAAACAGCAAGGACAAAGCAACAUCGAACUUGACAAUGGGACUAGAGAAAAGCAGAACUGAGGAACCUCUGCAGAACAACGAACUUCAUUCAGGUCACCCAUCAGGCACUCAAUGCAGUUCCCCCACAGUGCUAAGUAUUAACAUUAAGGAUGCAGCAGCAGAGCUCUUGAAUACAAAUACUACCUCUCACCUCCCAGAAGAACAAAAUUCAAUUUCUGGUUUUCAAUCUGACUCUCAAACCUCCUCUGAGUUUGAAAUACCGUCCACCCCAGACUGUGAGUUGCCACUGGCUGAAGAACUGAAUGCCAUUUACUGUAAGUUAGCUGCUGGAGAGGCUGUGAAAACAGAGAAACACAAACACACGAGUGGCCACAGAUCGUAGUACUGAACCGCAGGCAGAUCUGCUGCUGCUGGAGAGGAUUGGAGCUACGGUGGAGGGGCUAAUCGUGUUGACCCAGAAAUUCAACCAAAUGACCCUUGUCUCUCAGUGUUAUGCAGUUUUAUUUUAAAUACUGUGUUUACUUUGGAUUUAUAUACAGUCUGGGUUAUUCACUCAGGAAAUCAGCCGUUCAACAUCUGUGCUGUAGGAACAUAACAUAAAUAGGAGUAGGCCAUUCAGCCCCUCGUGUCUGCUUCACCAUUCCAUUAGACUAUGGCAGACCUUCUACCUCAGCACCACUCUCCUGCACCAAUUCCGUAUUGCUUCAUUCCCUAAAGAUCCAGAAAGCUCUCUAUGGCCUGAAUAUACUCCACCCUUUUGGGGAGAGUUCUAAACACUCACCAUCCCUGAGUGAAGAAAUGUCUCAUCUGUCUGCU